AUGCGAAUGCUCCUUGUGCUGCUCGUGGUACUGCCGCUGGCCACGGCCAAGAGCGGCUUCGAGUCGACUAUGGGCAUCACCGAGACCAAUCGCUCUGUCAAUUUGGACCCGAGUGUCCAGCAUUUUCCGGUCAAUCCGUCGUGGAGCCACCUGCGGCCUCCUCCUCCUCGCGUCUCCGACAACCCCAAGCUCUUCGUGGGUCUCUCGGUGUUCCGGGACGGCUACCGGUGUGCCAAAACGAUCUUCACGGGCUUUCAACGAGCCACAAAACCUGAAAAUCUCGUCUUUGGGGUGGUUGACCAAGUGUACCCAUCGGAUCAAAAAUGUCUGGACGAGUUCUGCAAGGUGGCUAAACAAGCAUGGCCCGAACAGGGAGAAUGCCCUUACAAGGACCAAAUUCGAGUAGAUGAACGCUCAGCAUACGAUUCCAGAGGCCCGACAUUAGCGAGACACCAACAACAGCAGAUGAUAAAAGACGAGGAGUUUUGUCUCCAGUUGGACGGCCACAGCAUCUUCACCAAUGGGUGGGACGAGAAUCUGCUCAAGGAAUGGAAGGAAAUUGGCAACGAGAUGGCAGUUCUGACCACGUAUAUCCACCACAUCCACAAUUUUGUGGCGGAAAAUGGAGACAACGUACCGACCAAGAAUCUAGACCUGCCACAUUUGUGCACCACAAUGAGAGGUGGCAAUGGCUUGGUGCGAACGGUGGGUGCUAGUAUGAUCCACGGCUCGAAGAUGCCGCAGCUGGAGGCGCUCUGGGGCGCUGGCUUCUCGUACAAUAAAUGUCACGCGGAGAAGCGGGUGCCUGUGGACUCUCAUACGUUGUGGAUUUUUGAUGGAGAGGAAUUUUUGCGUGCGUCCAGAUUGUGGACGCACGGGUAUGACAUGUACUCACCCAGUAGACUCGGUACGGUGGUUUACCAUAACUACACGUCAGUACCUGCUAGGUUCGAAGGAAUUCCCAUGGACCAGAAAAUUAAGGACAAAGAGGAAGAAAUGGGGAUUAAUCGCUUCAAGGUGCUUGUGGGUCAGCCGUUCGAGGGACGAGUUAGUACAAUUGAACUGGAUAAGUAUGGAUUCGGAAAUGUGCGCUCGUUCAAACAGUAUUUAGAGUUUUCCGGCGUGACUUUCGAACAAGGUAAGAAAGACGCUGAAUCAUGUGAACAACUGCAUUGGGUACCGUAUACGAACGCGACAGAAGUGGAGGAAAUCGUCGGCGGAGGCUGGAAACUCUAUGACUCGGACAGUCAAGCGAGUACGCAUCAAAAUGAACUCAUUGGGCGACUACGACAGCGCCUAUCCGACAGUGCUUCGGUGCGUGCAUCCAGUUCGUCUGCAUCUAUUCUGCUUCUAGUUGUUGUCAUCGCGCUAUUCGUCGUUCUCUCCAACGACCGAGUAUCGCGCGAUAUUCGUCGUCGUUGCCGCCCCAAGUCCCACCAGACCAUUAAAGAGUAA